AUGAAGACCUUCAUCACUCCUUUGUCGCUCCUCUCCCUCAGCCUCGCUAGCCUCGGCACUGCCUCUACCGUUCCUACCAGGAGCUUGAAUAGCCGUAGCACCGAAACCUGCCACCAGUGGGGUACUAUCGAAACCGGCAGCUACAAAGUUUACAACAACCUCUGGGGCCAGAGCUACGAUGAGGCCGGCAAACAGUGCACCACUGUCAACUCCCUCAGCGGCAACACCAUCUCGUGGUCCACCUCGUGGUCCUGGUCCGGUGCUAGCAGCCAGGUCAAGAGCUUCGCCGACGUUUCUCUGGAUUUCACAGCCAAGACCCUGAGCAGCAUCAAGAGCAUCAAAUCAGUCUGGAAAUGGAGCUACUCCAACACCAAUAUCGUGGCCGAUGUCUCCUAUGACAUGUUCCUGAGCUCCAGCGCGUCCGGCUCCGAGGAGUACGAGAUCAUGGUCUGGCUCGCUGCCCUGGGCGGCGCAGGCCCCAUCUCCUCCACUGGCUCUGCCAUCGCCACCACCACCAUCAACGGCGUGACCUUCAAGCUGUACAAGGGCCUCAACGGCUCCAUGACCGUGUACAGCUUCGUCGCCGAGUCCGUCACCGAGAACUUCUCCGGUGACAUGCUCAAGUUCUUCACUUACUUGAUUCAACACGAGGGCCUGAGCUCCAGCCUCUACCUCGUCGAUGUUCAGGCCGGUACUGAGCCCUUCACUGGCACUGCCGACCUGACCGUCUCCGAGUUCUCUGUCGCAGUUGUUUAA